CCCCCAGCUGUGCUGAUUUGCGGGGCAGCCUGCCAGUCCAGUCACUUGCGAUGCCUCGCGUGCGUGCCGGGCCCAGCUCACGGAGCGGGGGAUGGGGCAGCCAGUUGCCUCCGUUCUGUCUCUGGGUCCGGUUCUGUGGCUGAGAGUGGUGGAAGGCCACAGCCUUCCCAGCUGCUGCUCAAAAUCUGGGGUGGACCAAGGCGACCGCUCCUAGCCCGGGCCUGCAUCCAUCAGCUCCUUCUUCCUCCCUGUUUGUCCUCUCCGCCAAUCGUGCUGCAGCAACUCCCCCCAACCAGCACUGUCCAUCACCCAGGCCACCGUUGCCAGUUCCUCUGCCAGCAAUGGGGGAUCUACCCGGGCUAGUGCGCCUUUCCAUCGCGCUGCGCAUCCAGCCCAAUGACGGCCCUGUUUUCUUCAAGGUGGACGGGCAGCGCUUCGGCCAGAACCGCACAAUCAAGCUGCUCACCGGCUCCUCCUACAAGGUGGAGGUGAAGAUUAAGCCUACAACACUGCAGGUCGAGAACAUUUCCAUUGGCGGUGUGCUUGUCCCACUGGAGCUGAAGUGCAAAGAGCCUGAUGGAGAGAGAGUUGUCUACACAGGCAUGUAUGACACAGAAGGAGUAGCUCCAACCAAAAGUGGAGAGCGACAACCUAUCCAGAUCACCAUGCCGUUCACAGACAUUGGGACCUUCGAGACAGUGUGGCAAGUCAAGUUCUACAAUUACCACAAGCGAGACCACUGCCAGUGGGGAAGCCCGUUCUCGGUCAUUGAGUAUGAAUGCAAGCCCAAUGAGACACGCAGCCUCAUGUGGGUGAACAAGGAGUCCUUCCUCUGAAAAUGGCUCCCUGUCACGUUGCUCGACAAUCUCCAGAAAUCUACAUUUAAGACAAACCAGCACAAGCCUUAACCAAGGCAUACCACACCAUGGCUAUUUCCCAAUGGCCUCCUACCCCCAGUUACUGUGAAAGUGUGAUUUCCCCUCUGAUACAGUACCUGUGGCAUCAAAGAUGAUGUCACAACCCUGAAAGUUCUCCUUCCAUUAACCCUAUGCAGAUGUUCCUGCAUCUAUCCAUGCUCAGUCAUACUGUCUGCCAGUGUGACUGGAGCUCAGUGGGACUAGCAGGUUUGUCCUAUGCCAGAAAGUUCCACAGAAGGACCAUGGUGUUUUGUUUUCAAGACAAGCAAUUCCUCCUUUCCUGUGUUCAUUGUUAAAUUAAAAUAACAAUGUGCUUGAGUUCCCGAUGUGUGAUGGUGUAACAUGUAGCAUGCAGUGUUUGUGAGCAUCCAAAGCCAGCUU